CUGAUCCACUUGCACCAGUACCAGUGCCACUAUUAAGACGCGUCUUUGGCGUGCUCUUUUCUAUUUUCAAGCUUAGUUUUAAUGGCGUCAAAUCUGUCUAGUACAGUAUACGCUUCUCGAAGAAAGGAACUACUUGCGCUCGUCAAUCAACUCAGAGCGGUUGGAGCACAAAAUGACUUGGAUCUUCCAAGAAUAACCGUAAUUGGUAAUCAGAGUGCCGGGAAGUCGAGUGUGGUGGAGGCCAUAUCCGGAAUCACUGUACCAAGAGAUGCAGGAACAUGCACCCGUUGUCCAAUGGAAUGUCGAUUAUUCUCCUCUUCCAAUGCUUGGACCUGUUGCGUUUCUAUUCGGAUUGAAUUUGACGACGACGGUAACCGUCUACGAGAAGUCGCCGAAAACAUUUUUAUUGGAAACAUUACCGAUAAAUCUCAAGUCGAAUCUGCCCUACGAAAAGCGCAAUUCGCCGUCCUGAAUCCUGAAAUAUCCUGGGAUAAGAUUCUUGAAUCGCCUAUCGAGGAGCUGAAGAAAUUGGUGAAUGCAAAAUCUCUUCCGUUUUCUCAAAAUGUAGUUUGCGUCGACUUGGAGGGCCCUGAUUUGACAGAUCUGUCCUUUAUCGACCUACCUGGUCUUAUCCAAAAUGCGCAACCGGAAGUGGUGCAGCUUGUAGAGGACAUGGUAGUGUCUCAUAUUAAGGGCAAUUGCAUUAUACUUGUUGCCGUACCCAUGACUGAUGACAUUGAGAACCAGAAAGCUCUUCGUCUUGCAAGUCAAGAAGAUCCAGAUGGUAGAAGGACUAUCGGGGUUCUUACUAAACCCGAUAUGCCACCUCAACAUCCUAACAAUCAAAGUAUAUAGGCCUGGUAUAUAGAUUCACAUGACAGGGCUACUCCCCUGAAUUCUCGUUGAUCCCUAACAUUGCUAAUAAUUCUGGCAAUAAUCCGAG